UCGUUGCAGGGGUUAGUCAGUCGGUAGGGCGGCGGGCACACCUCUCAGACCUCUGCUGAACCAGCGGGUAUCAUACAAGGACAAGCACACCGAGUCUUGCGCGCUGUAGCUGCCAGAAAGGGCGUCCGCACGUUGCCGGCACCGCCUGUAGGGACCCCGCCGCGCUGCCGACCGCCUUUACCGGCCAACUGCUUCCCCGCUCCGCCUCUAACGGCGGCCGGCAGCGACCAAGCUUCCUCUGGGGCUUCUGCUGCCGUGCGAGGUAGUCGUUCUGCGGUCCUCUGUCCAACUACCGUCCGGGCAUGGAGCUGUGGCAGGUACCGCUGGUCUUUUCGCACCUGCCCAUGUUCCCCUUCUUCGACCUGGCGCACUAUGUGGCCUCCGUCAUGGCGCUGAAGGAGCAGCAGGGAGCUGUGGAAGUGUCGGUACGAAGUCCAGUUGCGUGCUGGUUUAGUGCUAUGCUUCAUUGCUUUGGUGGGUCAGUUUUGUCUUCUCUGAUGCUUGCAGAACCUCCAGUAGCAUUUCUGGCAAAUGGCACAAAUAUUCUACUGGCAUCUUCAGUCUGGUACCUUGUGUUUUACUGCCCACAAGACAUGUUCUUCCAGUGUUUUGCCUUUCUGCCUCUUCGGCUUUUGGUUGCAGGAAUGAAAGAAGUGACUAGAACUUGGAAGAUAACAGCUGGUGUUGCACAUGCAAACAGUCACUUCAAAGAUGCCUGGCUUGUCAUGGUAGCUGUGGGCUGGGCCAGAGGAGCUGGUGGUGGCUUGAUUUCCAACUUUGAACAGCUGGUGAGGGGAAUAUGGAAACCUGAAACCAAUGAACUACUGAAGAUGUCCUACCCUGUGAAGGUAACAUUGAUAGGAGCAGUUCUUUUCACGCUGCAACACAGCCAGUGUUUGCCAAUAGCAAGAUACAACCUCAUGUUUUUAUACACCGUCUUUCUUGUUGUCUCCAAGGUAACAAUGAUGUUGACAAGAUCUGCAACUUCUCCAUUUGCUCCCUUUGAGGCUGCUUUAGGCUCUAUGUUCUUUGGUUUGCCAAAGACACCAUCCAAAGUGAAGGGUGAAGGUGCAACAUCUUCCAAUGGCUCUUCAGUCAAUGACCAGUCUUCUUCUGAGCAGCGCUGUGAUAGUGCUAAGAAAAGAGAGGCAAAGAAAACUGAGUAAAAGGCUUAAAAUCUUUUGAAGAUGUUUGUAUUUCAGGUUGGGUUGGCUGAGAAAUUUGUUUAAGGACUGUGAGGAGAGAACAGGGCUGUAUACUAUUGUGUUGCUGUUUGCCUUCAGAGUGUGUUUCAUAAGCUACUGUUCAGAAGUCUAAAUGCAAAUGUUGGAUUUAUAAGUUUAAAACUACCAUCUUUUAUAGUGGUUAUAAGUUUACUAAUUUCUGCAUUUGUGAUAACUUUUAAAAUUCUUAUCUGCUAUAAGAUUGUCACACAUUUUGAAACUAUCAGCUGUGUUAUUUUUUCUGAUAUAUCCCUUGCUUCAGUUCUUCCCCCCUCCACUCCCCUUCUCCCAGUUCUUAAGUUUCAUUUGGAUAGCAUGGAUUUACAAUGCCAAGCAUUCACAGGAGCACGGUGCAAAUAAGGAAGUGAUCAUGUGAGCAAAGCUUAACCACACUGCACUGUAAAACCAUGAAAAUAUACCAAACUAGUGCCUUGAACUGGAAAAACAACUGAAUUACUGUUGUAACUCACAUUGCACUGGUUUAAGUUUUCUUUAUUUACUUAUGUAAGUAUUUUUAGUGGGUUUUUAAAAUAUUUUUAAAUAUAAGAGUGAAUUAUCUGCUACUUACAAAAAAAGUCUUCAUACAGUUAGCAAGUAGAAACAUUAGAGUAUUUUCACUGUUGGCUUACUUUGACACUUUAUUUGCAAGUGUUUGAUGUGUAGCUAUUUUUUUCAUUACAGAGGGGAUUUACAUGUGGCUUGUGUUUGUCUAGGCCCAGAGAGUCUGAAAGACCUGCACUUCUAGCCUGGAUUGUGCAUUUUUUUCUUUUCAGAGCCAAAUGUCCUUUUCAAAAAGAACACUGGACAGCAUGUUUACCUUGUUUCUCAUGAGUUCAGCCCUGUUAUGCUUGCUUUUAAUAAAUACCAGCACUAGUUUGUAGCAACUACCUCUUGUGAUACUGGGGAAGAAGCCUGGUAAACUGACAAAAUUUUGGUUUUUUUUGAUCAUGGGUUGAUUUGCAUGACACCUGUUCUGCUGUUGACAGAUGAGGUACACCUCUCUUGAAGGGGGAGAAGCAUUUUUGCACUAGAGUUGGCAGGGGCACCGAAAGAUUUUAAAACUAGUUUUGAAGAGGGAAAGGGAUUAAACUAAGCUUAGGCUCCAGAGAUAACUCUGGGCGUGACAUGCCAGUGUUGGAGGGAUGGUGGUCCAGCAAGGUCCUUUGGUCUGCUGUCUCAGUGGAGGUAAGGGAUGGAGAUCCAUGCAUCAGCAAAGACACAAGGGCCAUUGAGGUGUUAGAAACCAUGUAAGUGCCUGAGAAUGGUCAUGUAGGACUUAGGGCUUCUCCCCCAAAAGAUGGCAGGAUCAGUGUACCAACUGAAAUGCAUCUACAACAAUGCAUGCAACAUGGGAAGCAAACGGGAGGAGCUGGUGGCCAUUGUGCAGUGGGAAAAACAUACAGUUGCUAUUGCAGAAACAUGGUGAGGUGACUUGCACACCUGGAGUGCUGCAAGAGAUGGCUAUAAACACUUCAGAAAGGACAGGCAAGGAAAGAGAGGUGGUGGGGUAGCCCUAUAUGUUAGCGAGUGUGUAGAGCUUGGCAGUCGUGGUGACAGGACUGAAUAUGGGAAAGACUCAGUGGGAAAGCUAAUAAGGCAGAUACCAUGGUGGGAGUCUGUUACAGACCACCCAACUAGGAUAAAGAGACAAAUGAAAGACACUAUAAGCUGCUGAAAGAGUUUCGCUAUUCCUAGCUUUUGUUCCUGUGGAGGACUUAAUCUUGCUAGAUAUCAGCUGGAAAUACAGUACAGCAGAGAGGAAACAGUCCAGGUUUUUGCAGUGUGAGGAAGAUAACUUCCUGACACAGCUGGUGAGUGAGCCAGCUAGGGAAGGCAACCUGCUGGACCUUCUGUUUGGGAACAGAGAGAAAGGACUUGUGGGUGUUGUGGUGGUUUGGCACACUGAUCAUGAAAUUACAGGGUUUUUGAUUCUUUGAGAAGUAAGGAGAGGUAUUAGUAGACCCACUACCUUGAAGUUUCAGAGGGUAGUGUUCUGAAUGUUUAGGAGACUGGUUGACAGUCCCUUGGGAGGCAGUCCUGAAGAGUAAAGGAGUCCAGGGAGGCUAAAUAUUCUUCAAGGAGGAAGUCUUUUAAGUCACAAAAGCAGGCCAUCCUGGCAUGCUGUAAGAUGAGCUGGCAGGGAAAAAGGUCAGCCUGGCUGAACAAAGAGUUUUUGCUGGAACUCAAGGGGAAAAAAAGAGAAUUUAUGACCUUUGGAAGAAACAGGCCACAAGGAAGGAGUGUAAGAAUGUUGUGAGUUUAUGCAGGGAGAAAAUUAAAAGGGCUAAAGCCCAACUAGAACUGAAUCUGGCAACUGCUGUAAAAGAUGUUUCUAGAAAUACACCAGCUAGAAGAAGAAUCUCCAUCCUUUUUUGGAUGUGAGGGGAAACAUAGUGACAAAGGCUGAGGAGAAGACUGAGGUAUUAAUGGCUUCUUUGCCUUAGUCUUCAGUACUAAGACCAGUUGUUCUCCAGGUACUCAGCCCCAAGAAAUGGAAGACAGGGACAGGGAGCAAUGGGAAAUGGUUGAACACUUAGACACACAUGAGUCUGUGAGGCCAAAUAGGAGCCACUUGAUACAGUACUUGAUACAGGAUCCACUUGGUAUAGGAUAGGUACUUGAAUGAGCUGGUGGAAGUACUCACCAAGCCAUUUUCCAUCAUUUCCCAGCAGUCCUGGCUGACCAAGUGAGUCCCUGGUGACUAGCAUGUGACACCCAUCUAUCUACAAGAACAGCCAGAAGGAGGAUCUGGGGAAGUACAAGCUAGUCAUUGUGACCUUGGUGCCAGGGAAGGCUAUGGAGCAGAUCAUCUUGAGUGCUAUUGUGCAGCCUGUGCAGGACAACCAGCAGAUCAGGCCCAGUCAGCAUGGGUUCAUGAAAAUGAAGUCCUGCUUGACAGAUGUGAUCUUCUAUGGCAAGGUGACCUGCUUAGUGGAUGAGGGAAUGGCUGUGGAUGUUGUCUACCUAGACAUCAGUAAACCCUUUGACACAGCAUCUUUCUGGAGAAACUGGUUUCUCAUGGUUUGGACAGGUAUAUUCUGCUGUGUGAAAAAAAAAUGGCUGGAUGGCCCAGUUCUCCCAAGUAACAAGUGACAGGAUAAAAGGAAAUGACCUUGAGUUGUGCCAGGGGAGGUUUGGUGGGGUGUUGGGUAAAAAGAUAGUCAAGCAUUGAAUCACCAUCCCUAGAGAUACUCAUAAGAUGUAUAGAUGUGGUUCUUAGGGUCAUGUGAACUUGGUAAAUGGUUGGACUUGAUCUUCAAGGUCCUUUCCAACCUAAACCAUUCUGUGAUUCUAUAGUAUCAGAAGUGCUGAACCU